GCCGGGCGGGCGGCGGCGGGGCCGGUCUGGUCCAGCCAGGCCGGGCGGAGCCGAAGCGCGGGUCCGGGGCUCUCCGCGGCCCUCCCGGCUCCCGCCAUGUCCUCGUUCUCGGAGUCGGCGCUGGAGCGGAAGCUGUCGGAGCUGAGCAACUCCCAGCAGAGCGUCCAGACGCUGAGCCUGUGGCUCAUCCACCACCGCAAGCACGCCGGGCCCAUCGUCACCGUCUGGCACCGCGAGCUCCGUAAGGCAAAGUCAAGUAGGAAACUUACUUUUCUAUACUUGGCAAAUGAUGUCAUCCAGAACAGUAAAAGGAAAGGACCUGAGUUUACAAGGGAAUUCGAAACUGUUCUCGUGGAUGCUUUUUCACAUGUUGCCAGGGAGGCAGAUGAGGGCUGCAAAAAGCCCCUGGAACGAUUGCUAAACAUCUGGCAAGAGCGGAGUGUGUAUGGCAGCGAGUUCAUACAGCAGCUGAAACUCUCUAUGGAGGACUCCAAUAGUCCCCAACCCAAAGUUACAGAAGAGAAGAAAUCGUUGAAGCGAACGUUUCAGCAGAUACAAGAGGAGGAAGAUGAAGAUUACCCUGGGAGCUACUCCCCACAGGACCCCAACGCUGGACCCCUUCUGACUGAGGACUUGAUCAAAGCCCUGCAGGAUCUGGAAAACGCAGCAUCAGGAGACGCCACGGUGCGGCAGAAAAUUGCCUCUCUUCCCCAAGAGGUUCAGGACGUAUCGCUGUUAGAGAAGAUUACAGACAAAGAGGCAGCAGAGCGCCUUUCGAAGACUGUGGACGAGGCAUGUUUGCUACUAGCGGAGUACAAUGGGCGGCUGGCGGCGGAACUGGAAGACCGGCGCCAGCUGGCGCGCAUGUUGGUUGAGUACACACAGAACCAGAAGGAUGUGCUGACGGAGAAGGAGAAAAAGCUAGAAGAGUACAAACAGAAGCUUGCUCGGGUAACUCAGGUCCGCAAAGAGCUCAAGUCCCACAUCCAGAGCCUGCCCGAUUUGUCACUGUUGCCCAACGUCACGGGUGGGUUGGCGCCUCUGCCGUCCGCUGGGGACCUUUUCUCGACUGACUAAGACACGUGUGGGCCUGUAUUUCCCCCCUCCUACAAUUCCAGUUAAUGCCACCGGAAGACCUCGUGACAAUUGGAGAUCCUCACGGCCAGCUGACCUGGGAAGGAACGGACAGAGGCCGCCUUCCCUUGACCCUCUCAGCAAGAUGUGCGUCCCGUGCGCGUGACGAGAGGGCUGCGACGCUCCUUUGGAAGAAGGCAAACGUCCUCAUGUUUGGCAAAGAUUCACGUUUACCUUGCUCCCCCCUCGUAGCACUUCCAGUUUCCACCACAGCCUGUGCAAAUCAUGUGUGUCGACAUCCAAGAGCUUUCAACAACAAAAAAGAGAGGUUGAUUUAUGCUUUGCCUUUUUUUUUUCUGUAUAAAAAGAACAGUUGUUUCUGAAUUGGUUUGGUGUGUGUCAGGCUUGGUUUUUCUGGGUUUCAUGAUUCUGGAGUUUCCAUGUGGCAGCACUGUCUCAAGAAAUUGGCACAGAUGAGGCGUCUGCUUCACAGAUAACCUCAGUGGGUGGUUCCUUCUCUCUUUGGGCAUGUUUACAUGGAGAUACGGGGACCACAGGUGACCAAAAUUCAGCUCUGGUGGCUGAUACCCAACGUCUGCUCCUCUGUGCAGUGCUGCCUGUUACUUGUGGAUCGGAGCAAUCCAGUGUUGUUCAGGCUCCCCUGUGUUGUAUUCAGGGUCCUUCCUCACCCCACAGCAUUUAGUAGCGGAAAGCAUCAAAGUGCAUUCAGUUCAAGUCACCCGACCUGGAACAGUAAUUUUUCCUUCACUGGGGAAUGUCUUUCGAAGGCUUUGAAACCUUGUCUGUUAAAUUUUUCGUUUGCUGUUAGUGAAUGGAUUGAGCUUUGAAGGAGGUGAUAAGCAGCCAAAUCCUAUGAGGAGCAUUGCUUAAGCACAAGCUCACUUCAAUGAUCUGGAGCCCACCUGAGCGAUGUUCUUAACUGGAUCGUGCCCAGUGUUGGUCUGUACCCUUCUCUUGGUUUGCUUUUUUUUCCUUCACCAAGUCACGGCUAUGUAAACGAUGCAGCAAUAUUUGUACUUCUAGAGCAGUGUGAAGACUUUUAUUUCACACUAAUAUUGGCUGAUUUGUUUGGGGGGGAUUUUCCAUUCUUUUCAAAAGAAAACCAAACCCGCACCUUGCCGCUUAUGGCCACCCCUCCGUCCUUUGCACUCUCAUCUUUCAGGAGAGGGUUGGCCUUCCCUUCACCCCCCUGGGGCAAUCCCCUGCCCCCGCCCUCCUCUCCAUUUGCCCUGGAAGUGCCCCUGCGUUCUGGUUCUUCUUUUCCUUUCUUGUUCGCCAAAUCAACCACAAUGAUGCAUUUCUUUUCAAAGCAUUGUGCAGUAGUGGUUUUUUUUAUUAUUAUUAUUUUACAUUAUUAACCCCCAAAUCUCCUUGAGCUUCACAGCUGAGGCAAAAGCGUCUCCACGCGAUGCCCGUAGAUCAUGGGGUGAUGGGGAGAGAGCCCCACACGUGUCUGUUCACGGCACAGCAGCACAACGUUGGCAACCUCUGUGUUCCUUUUCUGUUUCGUUUAAUGUCCUUGAAAUCGUAGGCAUCUAAUUUGCUUUCGAGGGGCAGCGAGGGGCAGGGAGCCUGUUCCAGGGCACUUAGCACUCUGGGCGGUCUUUCGCUGAGAACAAAUCCAUAUUCUCGCCCCAAGUCGUUUUCUUAAAUCUGUAUAUGAAUCGAUCUAGAAAUAAAUUUAGAGGUAUAGGCUGCCAUUUUAGCAGCAGUAUAUUCUGAAAUGUCUCAUAAAUAUAUUUUUGAAUAAAGAGGGUGUCAUUCAA